AUGCCUUCUAAACAGCCACCCUCGUUCGGUUCGCAAGCUUAUUGGAAUGAGCGCUUCGCUGCGAAUACAGACCCCUUCGAGUGGCUAGAGGCCCCCAAUGCCCUAGAUCCCCACAUCGUCGAUGCCCUGGAUGCGACACCCACGCCCGAGCCGGAACUUCUACACAUAGGCUGCGGCACAUCACUGCUUUCCUACCACUUGCGCUCCCAUGUAGACGCACCGCGACAGAUACACAAUCUGGACUACUCUGAAGUAGCGAUUGAAGUCGGCAAGAUCCGGGAACAGGAAAUAUACCAGGAUCCGCGAAAGGACAUAGGAGAAGCUGCAUGCAUGCGCUGGGACGCCGUAGACCUGCUUGACUACCAGUCCGUUAUGCGCGCAUGCAAGCGUGCAGCCUACUCCGUCAUAGUGGACAAGUCAACAUGCGACUCCAUUGCCUGCGCAGACGACGUCCUAGUCCCCUUGCCAUACCCACUAGCCAUCCGCUCCUACGAACCUCUAGACCUGGAUGCCGCCAAAACCCCGGAGCUGAUCCAUCCCUUAGUAGUCAUGGCUGUGAAUUUAGCGCUAGUGACGAAACCGGGGGCACGAUGGAUUGCUUUGUCUUAUUCCAAGGAUCGAUUCUAUUUCUUAGAUGCAGCUGCAAAGGACGUAAUACCCCAAGGAGCAGCGUUCCCACACCCCGGCGACUUGUGGCGUGUAGUAGACAAGCGCGAGGUCAAUGAGGCGGACUGGCAAGUACGGAAUGAGGACAGAGCUGAUGCCGUGACUCAUAGGCCCAAGGUGUGCAAUGUUGUAUAUACACUGGAGCGGACUCAUCAGCCACUGUUCGUGCGUGGAGAACACCUCUAG